UCCAAAGAAUCAAACAAUUCGAGUCGCAGCCAGUUCGUCGUAAGCUCAUUCUCUUCAGCUCUCACUAUUCAAAAAUUAAAAAUUAAAAUGGGGAAAUCGGAAGUGAAAGGUAUGGUGACGUCGCUGUCUUCAAUGUUCCCGGCGGAGGAGGUUCAGAAGGCGGCGAAGAUGGUGGAGGAGAAGUUAUCGGAGAAGCAGAACGAAAUGAAUCAGUUAAAAGAAUUCAUCGCCGAUAACACUUCCCUCAUCAACCUCGUUCAAAAGCUCCCCGACGAACUCCACCACGAUAUCAUGGUUCCGUUUGGGAAAGCGGCGUUUUUUCCUGGUCGUUUGAUUCAUACGAAUGAGUUUCUGGUUUUACUGGGAGAAAGUUAUUAUACUGAAAGAACAGCUAAACAAACUGUUGAAAUCCUAAAGAGGAGAGGGAAAUCAUUGGAGUCUAAAGUGGACGCAUUGAAGGCCGUAAUGCAGGAUCUUAAAGCUGAGGCUUCUUUUUUUGAUUCCACUGCUUCUGAAGCUGCUGAGGGUCUUGUGGAGAUUAGAGAGUAUGAGGAGGAUAAUUCUACCGAACGGGCAUCUCAAUCAGGUUCACUGGAACUUGAAACUCCUAGUGUGGCUGAAGCAGACAAUAAAAUGGGUGCAUCUGAGGAUGAUGAAUAUGAACGUAUAAUGUCAAGGUUGGAAGAGCUUGAGAAAGAAGAACUUGCAGCUGAAGAUAAUGAGGAGAAUCUUGAAGAUGAAGAUGAAGAUGCUAAUGCAGUUGAAAGUGACAGCAAUGAAGAUGAGUUGACUAAAGCUGCUUUUCAUAGAAAAAAGGAUGAAUGUUACAGUUAUCUUGAUCAUGGUCAAAGAUAUUCAGAGUCUCAGUCAAGGAAACAACUACAGCAGUUCAACGGCAAAGAACCAAUUGAAGAGAUGUCCGAUAAAUAUAAACAUCAAGAUUUAACUAAUCAGUUCGCUUCUACUGGAUUGACAGAGGAACCUGUUACCAAAGGUGAAAUUUCACAUGGUCGAAUUAUACAACAAGACACAAAGACUUCAAGUCCUUCCAUAAAUGCAUCUGCUCCUUUCCAAAAGGUUAGGCCUACAUACCGAAGGCUAUGGAAGUAUCUUGCACCUUCAACUAUGUUGCUUUCCAUCUUCACUUCUUUCAGGUCCAUACAAUUCGUACAUUUUAUAAAAUAUAGGUUCUGCAGAUUUCCUAAAGCCAAAAUAUUCAGUGACCUUGAAUCUCUGAAAUCUAGAAGGCUUACAUGUUCAAUGGCACAGCUACAGAACUUGUUGAACCUCGAAGCUUUUUCCAACUCCGAAGCGCUUGUAAAAGUAAGUCAACACAUUCAAAUAUUUUAAAUGCUCCAGUUCCUCCAAAAGCAAUGAACAUCCAUAGCCACAUCUCAUCAUUUUCAGUACUUGCAACUUAGAGAAACUGGAUAUAAGUUGUUGUGGGAUCAUUUCUAGAUCGCGUGUCCACUCUAGAUUCAAAUAUUUCAGCUUUUCCAGGGCCUUCAAUUCCACCGACAACUUUCUUAUUUUUGUGAAUGACAGGUUGAGAUGUUCUAGUGAAACCAACUUUGCAAUUCCUACCGGCAAUUCUUCCAAAUUUGUAUUGUCGGACAAGUCUAGAACCCUUAGCAUCGGCAUAGAAUUAAAUAAAUCAUCCAUGAUUACCUUCAAAU